AUGGGCUUUGCUUGGGAACGCGUGACUGAAGUGUAUCAAAAUUGUUCUCACAACGCAAGAAUUGAAGUCAUCCCUGGUCAGGCCCCUUUUACCGGCCAUAGCUCUGUCGAACUAGAAGAUCACUUAUGCUUGACCCCGGCGCUCAUCUCGCUCGACUUUAUGGACAUCAACAACCCCAUCGAAGUCAUUCACGACGUCCGGAAGCGGCUCUGGAUCGAGCGUGUCAACCAAGCUCGCGUUGCAGGCCACAUGACGAGCUGGAUGUCGUCCUUGCAUCCCAAAAAGCUCGGGUGUAGGCUGGAUUGCAAGGCCCUCAACGGUUCGUACAACUUGUGCCAGAGGUUACGCUUUUGCGACGGCACCACCUGGCUGCUCCGUAUGCCCAUCGUCGGCAGCGUCUGCGACGAGUACGCCGACGAGAAGGUUGCAAUGGAGGUGGAGGCACUGAGCCUCCUCCGCGACAAGAAUGUCCCCGUACCGGGCGUCAUUGCCUGGGGGCUGACAGCUGCUAAUCCGCUCGGCCUGGGACCCUAUGUCGUGAUGGAUUUCGUCGAGGGGGCCAGCGUCAACACCCUACUGCGAGAGCAGCAGCACGACACCAGAUGGCUCAGAGAUGACAUUUGCGAUGAUGAUGUCGAGUUCCUCUCCCGACAGUUCGCCCGUAUCCUCCUCCAUAUUUUCCAGAUCGACUUUCCUACGCUCGGUAGCCUCCCGACCCCCGUGACCGUAUUCAACGCUCCUGUCCGACCCCUGACUUUCAAGGCGCACGACAUUCUGCAAACCGGAGGUGUCAACACUUUCGGCGACCGUACCAAAGGCUUCGCUGAUACUGCUGAUUACUUCUGCCAUCUGGUCAACCAAGACUGGGAGCAAUUCCAACGCCAGCCCAACUCAGGUGGCGGUCCCACCGUCACCCAGGCCAAAUAUGCUGCUUUUCUAGCUCUCCACUCGUCUGUGACGAUCCCGGCCUCACUAACCUUAUCGUUCGGAGCGCAGACGACCUCACUGUGGUCGGGGUCGUGGACCUCGAAUGGUCGUACGCCGGCCCGGCGCAGCUCUUUGGCCCCCUGGUGGCUAUUGCAAGACCGGCUCAACAACUACGACACCUUCCUUAACAAAGAAGAGGCCCCUAGAUUUUUGGGGAGGUAUCUGCGGAACCUGGACGUGUUCAAGACCGUGCUCGAUGAAGAGGAGGCGCGGACACCGGGCCAGCAAACCAUGGAGCUAUCUCGAUUGGGGAGGCACUCCGAGAAGUCGGGGAGCAUGUGGCUGCACAUGUUGCUGUCGUGGGGGUUCAAUCACCCAGACAGCCUACCCUUCGCGCAACUUCAGGUGCGCCUUGAGCGGGAGCGGUGGAAGGAGCUGGAGGAGGGCCACCACGGAAAGGAGGCAAGAGAGUUCACGGAACGGAAGCUAGCGGAAUUAGACAAAUAUGAUGAGACAGUGGAGAGGAUUGUGUGCAUGCAGGAUGAUUUGGAGAAUGGGAAGAUGACGAUAGAGGCAUUCGUUGCAGUAUUGAAAGUCGUAUGA